AUGUCAUUCGGCGGACAGAAGCGGGGCCCGGUCGGGUUAGCUGCGGAGGCGUUGAAGGAGGCAUUGGUGGCAAAGCUGCAGCCUGGGUUAAAGGACAGCCCAAUCAAUGACGGCAUCUAUCAAGCGAUCAAGCUGGUUGAAGCAUUCCUUCUUUCCUACAAGGAGAGCGAGGCCGACCUGGAAGCGCUCAAGUCGCAAAUUAAGCGCCUCAUGCUGAGCCAGGCACGCAAGCUGUGGGAGCACAUCGCUAAGAACGCUCCAGCCAAGGCGCAAGAAGGAGGCUCAGGUCCCCCCUCGGCCUCCGGGCUCCCCUCGGACCGCCGCUCUAAGUCCGCCUGUGUGGGCGGGCGGCCUCCGCCCCCGCAGCAGCCCCACCAGCCGCAGCCGGGUGCCCCCGGGGGCGCUAGGAAGGACCUCCAGGAGGCGGCGUCCACUUCCACCGCACACACGGGGGUGCCGCUGUACUCGCGGAACAGCUCGCGGAGCACCGGCAGCUCCUCCCUAGACUGGACUCUCCCGCAGCGCACCCUGAACCGCAAGGCCUACGUUCGCAACGGGGACUUUGGCCGGAUGACGCUGGUACAGGACGAGCUGGCUCGCAAGGCUGAGGCGGCUCAGCAGCUGGAAGAGGCGGAGAGGAAGAAGGCCACGCUGGCAAUGGUGCAGGAGCAAAUGGAGAUUGUGGCAAAGAAGAAGGAGGAGGAGCGUGAGGCCCGGAGACGAGCCCAGUUGGAGAUGGAUGAGAUGGUCCGCCAGCACCAGACCCGUAAGCGGCAGGAGGUUGAGCAGCGCAUGCUCGAGCACGAGGUGGAGAGGUUGCAGCUGCUGGAGGAAGAGCGAAGAGAGCGGGAGAAGGCGGAGCAGAUCGCUCGUGUGAACGCGGCCCAGAGGGACCAGAUCAAGCGAGCCCUGUUCGCCGCCAUGGAGGAGAAGGCGGCGGCCAAGGCAGCGGCGGUGGAGGAGGAAAUGCGUUACAACCGGGAAUACAUCAAGAAGAUGGAGGCGGACGAGGCGGCUCGGAGGCAGGCGGUGGCCAAGCGGCAGGAGAAGAUGCGGCAGGCGUUUGAGCGAGGAGGUGGCGACGCACUGCAGGCCUCCCUGGAAGAGCAGGAGCGCGUGGAGGCCGCGCGGGCCGCCCGACUGGCCGCGGAGCUGGAGGCUAAGACCCUGGAGAGGGAGAGGUUGGACCAGGAGAGGCGGAAAAAGAUGGCGGAGGCGGCGAUGAGGGAGUUGGACGAGCAGGUAGCGGCGCGGGAAGCGGAACGGCGGGCUGCGGCGGCGGAGGAGGAGCGGGGUCGGCGGGAGCAGCGGCGGGCGGAAGCGGAAGCCCGGCGGCAGCGGGAGGAGGAGAAGGCGGCACGGCGGCGGGCGCAGUCGGAGGCACGCGAGGCGCAGAAGGCGGCGUUGGCUGAGGAGCACCGGCGGCGUUAUCAUGAAUACCGAGAGCCAUUCGAGGACCGGUACCGGUGGCUCCAUGCGGGGGUGCUCUCGGGGACACAACGCGCGUUCAACAACCUGGCGGUGCCUGAGGGGAAGGCGGCGGUGCUGGCCAGCUUGGAGUUAUAG